AUGAUUGGCAGAACCGUUGUCCGACAGUAUACUAAAAGUGCACGCGAGUCGACCUAUGUCGAAUUCCGACGCUUAUCAAGAACCAUGGCAUCGUUGGCCGAAAACGAUGCGCUCUCCUGCAAGAUAAAUGGGCCUAUUUCCAUCAACGUCUUGAAAGAAAGCAAUUCCGGCCGACUCAACCCUAUCCGUCGCUGGGACAUGACCCCAGCUACUGGCAAGAUCUCCGAAGGUCAGAUUGAUCUGGACGAGGAUGAAUGCCCUCCAGCGAUUUCCAUCGCCGGCACAGAUGAAGAUAUCAUGCAGGCAAGUUCCUUUAUCACGCAUUCUCAAACAACGAUUGACAGUACGAGACGCCGAAGUCCUCGGCCGCUGCCAGGUCAAAUGGGCAAACGACCAGACAAAGAUUGCCCUGGACCAGCUUUUCCGAGAGCUUCAAAAAGCGCCACAAGAACUUUGAAACGAGUUCUCUUCAUUUUACCUAACAGAAAAAAAACAUAA